GAUGGGCGUCUAACACAUACUACACUUCAGCUUAUGGAAGAUUGUCUGAGUUGGUCUUCAUAAAACCAGUUCCUUUCUGUGACAUACAACAUUCGUAUGUUUGGAGCACAGAGGUUUCUGGUGCCUUCAUGUCUGAUGCGAAUCAAUCUACUUCAAGAGGCUUUGGAGGUGGUGGUGAGUUUCAAAGUGGCCAGGAAAGAAUGUAGCAUGCAAAUGAGGUGGGCGGGACUGCACAGGAGAUAGGUUUAUGACAUGUGCUACUCCAGUCCAGUGUGUGGUUUAGUGAGUAACUGGAGGAAAUCCAUGGAUGCAUUAAAUAUAGGUAAUUCUCCAUGGACCUGAUCAGUUGAAGUGUUUUGGUGGAUGACAGAAAGGAAGAGAUUAGGUCACAGAGCUGGUACUGAUGCUUCCAAAGAUACUUAUGCUUCUGUUCACCUUCCUGUUGCAAGCCAGUGCUGGGAAGGGAGUGCCAUCCCAUAAUGGCACCAUAAUUGUAGGCAUGAGGCUGGAGAAUAGUAGCAAGUCACAGACAAGGAUUUUGGAAAAGGGCAUAAUCCAAGUGGUGGAAGGAAGCAUGAUCCAGCUUCGGGUCUAUGGUAAGGGUAUCCACCAAUUCACAUGGCAGAGGAUUCGAUUUGUGGAGGCUUCUUCCUUGGGCACCAUUAUCAGGAACUCUUCAGGCUGCCCCCAUAGAACAAGUGACUUACUGGUAGAGCCAUACAGUCAUGACGUACGAGAUACUUCUGCAAUACUCUUUGUGACUGUUCAGACCCUGCGGAAGAAGAUCCAGUUCAAGGACUACAUGAUGUGCCUUGAGGAUGAUCAUGGGCAACCACGGCAGUGGCUCAGUGAUAGCGAUCUGACCCUCCGAGUGAUAGAGGAUAAGAGUACAAACCUACCCCUCUGGUUUGAAAUGAUCUCAAUAGUUUUUCUCUUGGCACUCUCAGGCAUACUUAGUGGCCUCAAUUUGGGCCUAAUGGCCCUUGAUCCUAUGGGACUGCGCAUUGUGCAGAAUUGUGGCACAGCUAAGGAGAGGAAAUACGCUGCCAGAAUUGCACCCAUCCGGAGGAAGGGGAAUUAUUUGCUCUGUUCUUUGCUGCUUGGUAAUGUUUUAGUCAAUGCUUCUCUCACCAUAUUGUUUGACAAAAUUAUUGGAGCAAACAUUGGGUCUAUUGUGGUCUCUACUUUUGGUAUUGUCCUCAUUGGGGAGAUCAUCCCACAGGCCAUCUGCUCCCGUCAUGGCUUGGCAAUAGGUGCCAACACCAUCUUCAUCACCAGGUUGCUCAUGUUACUGACAUUCCCAUUCUCUUACCCUAUCAGUAUGAUGUUGGACUACCUGCUUGGGAAAGAAAUGGGCACUGUAUACAACCGAGAGAAACUGAUGGAGAUGCUUAGGUUGACUCAGCCUUAUAACGACUUGAUGAAAGAAGAAUUGAAUAUCAUCGAAGGAGCCCUGGAGCUGAGGACUAAGACAGUGGAAAAUGUCAUGACCCCAUUAAAUGACUGCUUCUUUGUCAACAGUGAUGCCAUCCUGGACUUUGAUACAAUGACAGAGAUCAUGGAGAGUGGCUACACACGCAUUCCAAUCUAUGAGAAGGAAAAGACUAACAUUGUUGACAUGUUAUAUGUCAAAGAUCUUGCUUUUGUUGACCCAGAUGACUGCACCCCCCUCAAGACAAUCACUAAGUUUUACAACCACCCAAUCCAUUACGUUUCCUAUAGUACCAAACUGGAUGCUGUGCUUGAAGAGUUCAAAAACGGUAAGUCUCACCUGGCCAUUGUCCGCAAGAUGCAUGAGGUUGACCAUGACCAAAUCUUUGAAGUGGUGGGCAUAGUAACCUUGGAGGAUGUCAUUGAAGAAAUCAUCAAGUCCGAAAUCGUGGAUGAAUCAGAUCUUUACAUUGACAAUCGCUCCAAAAAAAGAGCCACUGGGAUAAGGAAGUGGGAUUUCUCUGCUUUCAGGGGUUAUGAAACCGAAGCAAAGAUCUCCAAGCAGCUACUCUUGGCCGCCCAUCGCUUCCUCUCCACAGAGAUCUUGCAAUUUUGCCCCACCAUCAUCUCUGAAAAAUACCUGCUGCGUCUGCUGAAGCACCGUGAUGUCAUUUGUGAACUGAAAUUUGAUGACAGCUUCAAGGACUCCCCCCACCAUUACUUGUACCAACGGAAUAAGACAGCGGAUUACUUCAUCCUCAUCUUGCAGGGGAAGGUGGAGGUAGAAGCAUGCAAAGAAAACAUGAAGUUUGAGAAUGGGCCCUUUUCCUACUAUGGGGUCAUGGCUCUAGGGACAUCCUGCCUCACAGGUGUUGAGACUAGCUCCAUGGCUCGCUUGAGCAGUAUCAGCCGGUUAAGCUAUGAACAGAUGAUUCCUGCCUUCAGCAGCAGCAUCAGUACCAACCAGGUUCUCCCCAGCACCAGCCUGCAAUAUAUGGCUGACUUCACUGUCCGAGCCCUCACUGACCUCCUGUACGUCAAGAUCACACGGAUGCAAUACCAGAAUUGUGUAAUGGCCUCCUUAAUAGACAGCAAUGUCUCAGGUGAAGUUAUUGCUAAGGCACCUGAACCCUUGAACCCUCCCCAGAACAACUGUAAAUCCAUUUUGAAGAUAGCCAAAGAAGAACCACCUGGGUCAGAAUGAGGGUGGUGGCACAUCAUUCAAACAGAUCAUAAGGACCUGAUUCUUAAAUGCCUCCUGCUUGAACCACCAGCAACUGCCUUCCAGUUGCCAUCUGAGAUCCUUUGUUUCACAAGAUACUCACUGAUAAUCCCCAAGAGGACAGAUUCCACAUCUGGAAGCUAGGAAGCUUGUCUGCCUAUCUUUUUUUCCACCACUUGCACUCCACAUCUUUCUUUCUUCCUUUCUUGGUUGGUUUAGGGACUGCCACUAAUACAAGGUGUUUUUUCUCAGGUGCCUAUCAAUGGGGGAGGAGAAAGAUUUUCAUUGAGACUGUGGCUGAGAAGGGAAGGGUUAGAACCCUCUACCUAUGUGCUCUGUUUGCAAUGAAAUUUGCCUGCUCCCACUUCUUACUAAAUUAACAAAGCAAAGCAUUCUGAUUAAUAAAACAAACACGAGCAUGCUUUCUAAUUAUACAUUUAGCAUUUGAGCCUCAGGAAUUUUUGCAUAAACUCUGUUGAAAUGAGUGGGAACUUGGCAGUCAUUCAUUCACUGCAGAAGAUUCUAGAAUAUAUUCAUAGGCUAAAUUCUGUCUAAAAGGGGUGUCAUAAUUUAGAAGAUUUCAGAAUAUAAUUCUGCAGUAGAAAACAUGCUUAUUUCUGUGAGACAGAGAAUGCUUAGUGGAUUAUACCUGGAGAAGUGGAUGAAAUCUCCUGUUUCAAAAAGCUACUGAUUUAACAAGUGGAUCAUAAUUCUUUUCAUCAGGUUUUCUGUGUGUACUUUUUCUUUUUCUUGUCAUAGAUACCUCAGUAUUUAUUUGGGUUUGCCACAGGCCACUUUGAUAGAAAUGCUUGAUUUUUUUUUCUUUUUAAAUGGGGAAUUUCCUUAUGUAUGAAAUUAUGCUACUUGUUCAGUGUAAAAUGGGGUUUCUACUUCUGAAUUGGGUAAUAAAAUGCACAUUUAUUUCAUCCCUUUUUGUCCUUUCAAUGUGUUCUGUGAGGAUUUGGUGCCAAAAAAAGACACGCGGGGGUGACUGCAGAGUGUGGUCAAAAAAGUCAAGAUGAUGUCACAUGUAAAAACAGGCAGAGCUUGGAUUGUUCCAUCGUUAGCGCUAUCUUCACGUUUUUUACCAUACCCUGUGGAGACCCCUGAGGACAUCUGUGCUCUAUUAAUAUUAAAGUUCAUGCUCAUGUCACAGUGCCCCACUCAAUUAUCUAUCUUCUUCAGCCAGUGCAUAACAUUACUCUAAAGUAGAAGGCAAGGCCCAGAGGGACCGCAGCUCUCACAAACUAGGAAAAGCAGAUAAAUUAACUCCAGAGGGAGACAACCUUUAAACUCAGGUACCACUGCAAACUUGUUUUUACCCAACUACUCUUGAAUAGAUUGCUGAAUUUAGUUUUCUCCCAGGAAAAUAAUUGUAGAAAGCCUAAAAUAGCGUUUUAAAAAGUUAAACCACAAAGUUCAUUUUCCAAACCCAGGAAAACAGAGAUUCCAGACCAAACCGUGCCCUCUCCUUUGACCAUGAUGCCAACCAUUACAAUUCUUGUUCCCCUCGAUGGAAAAAUUCCUCCUCCUUGAUCUACAAGGACAUUUUAAAAAGCUGGCAAAAGAGCCCCCACUGGAGUCUGGCCCUUGGCAGGGGCUCCGCAGUGUUAAUUCUGGAUCUCAAGUCUGUUAAAGGCUUGUGUAAGGUAGUCUCCUGGACCUUCAUUUCCAGAGGACAGGCCUCUGUUUAACUGAAUAUCGGCAAGCAGUCCUCUGCCAUUUGAAGGGCUGCCUAGACUAAAUUUGGUUGAAAGGGAAAGAAUUCCGAAGCACAGAUCUAGAACUUGCUGGAGACUUCUGGUGAACGCCAUGAUAAACUGGCAUCCCUAUAAUAGAAGGACAGCAUUGCAGCGGAAAAUGGCACCAGAAUGCUGGAUCUGGACUGCCAAAAUCUGUCUGAAGAGACAUCUCAAGAUUACCCACAAGUACUCCGAUCAACUGUUUUUUGUGAGCAGAUGGCAGGAACUGCAUUUUUUUUGGUCCACUUGUGAUCAGCUGGGAGUUGCAAAAUUCCUCCGAGCUUAUAGUAGCUAAUAUAGCCUAUACGGACUCUAGGUUUGACCAAGGCUCACCUAUUAAUUUUUUUUUUUUUUUUUUUGCUGCUGCUGCUGCUUAAAUAUUGAGAACCUUCAGAUUGGCAAGUCUUACUGAAAUUACUGGGUGAGUUUUCUUCAAUCCUUUAAAAAAGAAAUUCUAACCACGAGUUUAAAGAUUUGUAAAAAAGAAUUUUUGUGUGUGGAAUAUAUAGCAAAAGGAUGUUUAAUGUUGGUUUUAGAAAGUUUUAAAUGGAUUAAGGGCUCAGAUGGAUUUAAUUUAAGACUCUGAAGUUAAUUGAAAAAAUCCUUCCCGUGAGAAAAUGUCUGUGUUUAUAUUCAGAAACAACUGAUAAGAGGAAUUUGAAGGUUGGACACUAGAGGGCACUAGUAGGAAAUAAAUGCAUCAAGGGCUAUUU